AUGGAGCUGAGGAGAGCACAAUUCCCAGGAAGAUUUGGGGAUCUGGUUGCUCCAAGGGUCCUUAGUUGUGGGGUAGGCUUCUGCGCACGCACCCCCCCCCCCCGAUUUUCUCCAUUGACUUGUAUUGGAGAAGGGAGUGAUGUAAAAUUAAUAUAAAUUUUCAGGAAUGGCUGGGGAAGGGAAAACGUCACCCUCCCAGUUCAGACUCUGUUACCCCCAAAGGUUAUUGGUAGGAACUGGCAUCUGCCCUGAUGGGUUUUGGGGGAUACAGUCGUGGUCUUUCCAUUGGGUUUUAUAGGGAAACACAUAGAUUCAUGUGAAAAGAUACAGCUCGAAUCAAUGUGAAUGGAGUGAUUUCAGAAAAUAAUUCAAUAAUUCACUGUGAUUUAAAGCUAGACCUGUCUGUUAAAAAGGAAAGCUCUCCUCCCCUUCCCCUCUCAAGAUGUGGGUGUUUCCCAAGUCAGAUUGGCUUCAUUUCUCUGCAGACACAGAAGAAACUGUUGUGGGUUUUUUGGACAACCAAGGCCACAGAGCUGGGUGAAAGGUUAGGGAGUCCCUAAUCCACCUCAAGACACUUUUGUAACUGCACAGUCCAAUUCAGAAACAUUUCUCAAAUCACCCUAAUUUGCUUCGUAGUUUGGAGUAAACACAGUGCAGGCACACACCCUCCUAUAUGCUAUAGAGUGGCUGGGUACAUUCCUCUUUCUGUAGGGUUCAAAAGAGGUUGGAUAAUUGACUCAUAAAGCAAAUAACCUUAUCUUGGCACAGUCAAGUUCUUCCUUCCUGUAGGGGGUGGGGUGGGGUUAGGGCUUCCUCCAUCAAAUGAAUAUUGGUUUGUUAAUCUAUAUUUGUCAUCUUCCCAGAGUUCUGUAUUAAUUAAACAUAAUUAUCUGUAACAUACCAAUCCCUAAACAAUAGCUCAUAACUUUGUACUUUUUGAUUCUUCACUAGUUAGUAGUUGGCAAGCUUUGUGUUUAAUUGCUAGAUAAGCACAUCUCAGUUACUUAAUAUAUAAAUGUAAUGUUUUAUUUAAGAGAUAAAUACACUACACACACACACACACACACACACACACACUAACGAGCCUUUUCUGCUGUGAGCUUUUUACUUUCUUUUCCCUGAUAAAUUAAGGUGUAACAGACACGGAUUGACAUAGCUUCAGCGACAUAUUGAGGGUAGCAGUGUGGUAGGUCCUUCUUACUGUGCUCUGUUUCAGUUAUGAACCCAUUCCAGCUAUCUGAAGCUACAUUCUCAGGACUUGAGUCUGCAUAGGUGUCCCUCAUAAUAGCCCUGCAUUCCAUACAGUUCUGUAGGAUUAAAGUCAGUCUGAAAUAGUUGCCUCUAGUCCAAGCUUUGCCUUCCUUUGUCCACAUCUCAUCUGAUUUCCGCCACGCCCCUUAGAUACUCAUCUUUGGUGUGGUGUGUCAAUUUAGGCUGCAGCAGCACCUUUGAUUAUUUCAAACAACAAUAGUCCAGAGCUUUUGCAGCAGACUAAUUAUAAAAUCAUAUUGGUAGAACGCAGCCAGUGACGAUGUGCAGGAGUCAGAGUUGUUUUCUUAUGAAGUAGUUCAUAUGAAAGGGCUGUGUUGUAAUCAAUUUACACAGAAAAUAAAUCUGGUCUCUCCCAAAUCAAGAAGGGAAAUCAAUUGCUUAGUCAAGGGCUUCUCAAGAAAGGAUGACUUUACACUAUUAAGUACUCAGGAGCAGCAUGUAGAGGGGUCAUCAUGUCAGUUGCUCAUCUCAUGUUGUCCCUGUGGUGCUCUCUAAUUCAAUUCAUUUUGACCUAUCAUUAAAUUUACCUUUCCCUCUAAAGUUGUGUAGGCAGUUUUGUUUUCUGCAUGCGUUUUUUUGUUUGUGCUUCCAUCACAUGGUUUCAUGGGUAGCUAAUAAUACCUCAGAAGAUAGAAACAGGAUUCAAUAUAACCUUAAAGGUUUGGAGAAGUGAGCUAAAACUAACAAACUGAAUUUACUGAUUGGUAUGUAUGUCUCUUUGUCAUGGCACGUUCCAAUUUGAAACCUUCAGUUGAUAAAUAUCCUGCUUAGGCUGAUGAACAUAUGAGGUUUGAAUAUUAAGAUAUACAUUGUUGAGUCAUCCCAUGGGCCAAGAACCAAAUGAUUUUGUUCAGCUUUGAAAAUGUCACUUUUAAACCAUGUUUCUUCACAGUGCUGUUUAUGUGCUGGAGAUAAAAGAAAAACAAGAUGAAAAGGAUAUAAAAAGAAAUAGAAUCCAUCCAUGCUCAACCUUAAAAAAUUGAUAGUAAUAGGACUUGUAAAAAUGUUACUGGUUUCUAAUCCAUGAAGACAGAGUCUUUGUUUAGAAUAACGCUAGACCAUGGUUUAGUUCUACCUGGAUAAGACUAGCCUUCUCCUGAAUCAGCACGCUCCUCCCCUCUUCUCCCCUGACACAGCCAAGAGGAUCUGGAGUUUGCACUUUUAGUUACAACAGUUCACCGCUUUUUCUGAACCACAAAUUGUGCAUAAUGCUAUUGCUGUGCUGAAUGCUGUACCUACUUUUGCAAAAGUCUUUGCUUCCUGUGAAAAAAAAUUUCUGCCAUUUUUGCAGUGUGCAGAAGAAUUUUAGAGAAUAUUCAGCGGGGUGGGUUCUUUGCAUUUAUCCUACUGAAUGUAUGAGGUGGCAGAGUGGUCUUCUAAUCCCUAUGGGUUUUUUGUUUGCCCACUGCAGCACAGAGCUUUCCCUUCAAAAGCUUACAACCUGGCAGCUACAGUGGUACCUCAGGUUAAGAACUUAAUUCGUUCUGGAGGUCUGUUCUUAACCUGAAACUGUUCUUAACUUGAAGCACCACUUUAGCUAAUGGGGCCUCCUGCUGCUGCCGCGCCACCGGAGCACGAUUUCUGUUCUCAUCCUGAAGCAAAGUUCCUAACCUGAAGCACUAUUUCUGGGUUAGCGGAGUCUGUAACCUGAGCGUAUGUAACUUUGUUUCAGACUAGCUUUUUGCAUUGCUCUGUUUAUAGUAAAUUGAUGGUAAAUCCAGCAGUGCCAUGUAUGGUGGGGUGGAGAUGCCCUCCCAAUGCCAGUAUUUCUGCUUCUAACUUGGAAAGAACUGGGUGUCGGUGAGGUUUCUAGGUGCACAGGCAAUGUACCUGAACAGUCCCAACCUCGCUCCCUACCUGCCUCACCCCAACCCCAUGCAGGCAAGCAGCAGUGAUGAUUGUGUUGAAGGGGUGGUUUGGCAGCUCUUAAAACCGUGCGCCACCACGAAAAUGUUUCUGGCCCAAAAGCCCAAGACUGAAGCCACAAGGUAUAUUUCUUUUCUUUAGAAAAGACCUCCUGCAUUUCAAGGAAGUGCUUUUUCUCAAGAGAAAUUUCAUUCCACAUAGAGGAGAAUUUAGCUGCAUUCUUCUUCUAUUUGCCUUUUCAUAUCUGAAUGGAUAACAACAACAACAACAACAACAACAUUUUAAAAAUUUAUAUCACAACAACAACAACAUUUUUAAAAUUUAUAUCCCACCCAUCUGCUGGGUUUCCCCAGCUACUCUGAGCGGCUUACAACAUAUAUAAAAACACAACAAAACAUCAAAAAUUAAAAAACAAAAUAUCCUAUACAAGCAACGAAUAAAUUAAUAGAAACCAACAACAACAACAAACAGCUUGCAGUUAUACCCAAAUUAAAUAACCGUCAAACCCAAAUAAACUUUUAACCAACACCAACCCAACAAAACCAAAACAGAGGAACCAAAAUUAGAACUGUAAAACAUUUUAGCCAGUUGCCCCAACCCUAGAGUUGUUCCAGCAAUGUCCCUCUGGCCUCCCAGGAACCUUUUAGCUGUUCAAGGUGAGUCUGGGCCCUACCCUUCAGGCCAGGUGGAAAUGGGGCUUGCAGCAGGGAGCUGGUCUUUCUUCCAGCACUCACAGCAGCAGCAAUCACUGGGUUAUUGGGCGAAAAGAAAGCUACUCCCCUGCCCUGCUUGCUCCAACCUUGCAUAAAUACCCAUCAUACUGAUAUACUUUAAAAUAGGAUCAUUUAAAACUUUUAAAUUUUACCUGAAACUCCCUUCCACCCUCAGUGUUAGCCACUAAAGUUUUAAGAGUCACACGUUAUAGUUGAUUGCUUAGCCAAGAUGUUGUAAUUCAAGCACUGGGACUUCCAAUAUUCAGAAGUUCCAUGUUUUGGCAAUCCCAACUUGGAUAGAAACCAAAAGUCUGAAGUCAUUCCCUCCUCCAGGGUGACAUGUAUGGACAAAGACCCACACAUGACAAGUUUAAAUUGGUGAGUAGAAUGAGCAUAAACUAAAAGGAUAAUUAAUCAAGACAUGCCACAAUGUCCUAUUAUCCAUAGCCAAGUAACUUUUUGGCGCUUGGACCAAUGACAUUCUUUGUAAAACACAGCCUAGCCAUGUUGUCCAGAAUCCAAAGAACUCCUAAAUCAUACCAUGUGGGAAUUAUUUACUCCUCCCCUUAGAACAGCCAAUUUAAAAGCCAUAUCAGAAACCCAUUUUAAAAGUUCCCUAGUUAUAGGCUUGAAGCAUAUAAGCCCAAAGUGCCUUUAAGCAUGAAGAACUGGUUUCAUUGUGCUUUGGUUUUUAGCUGUUGCUGAGAUUUUAGCUUCAUAUUGUUGCUUAUAACAACAAAAAGAUAAUAUUUUAUAAUAUUGUUCACCCCUUACUUUUACUUGUUGCAUUAUUACUUUUAAUGAUGUGUGUAGCUAAAAAUAUGCUGCUAGACACUUUUGUAUUCAUUGUUGAAGGAAAUAGUUUAUAGUAAACUGAAGAUUUUAAAUAAAAAUUUAUGAUUUUAUUAGAAAUUAUAUUUGAAUGUGUGUGUGUGUGUUCACAUGCACAACACAUAUUAACACUUUGUGCUUCACCCUGUAUACCUUAAAUUAAUGCUGUACACCUCAGUCUUAAACUCUGCCCCCAAUCAACAGAGGUGUACUCAUGAACAAGUAAUAGACAGCAGCUCACUGCUAAACUACAAGUUGCUUUUUUAAACUCAAAGGAAUGUAAAAGCAGCUGGUGUGCUUCUGACUUGACAAGCAAAAAUGCACAUAUGACAACAUGGCAGGCACAUAUUGUUGGAUUGUAUCCACAGUGCAGAAGAGAUUUAUGACUUCCAUAGGAGAGAGUGGCUUGGACUUAAAGCUGUUUUGUCUGAUGAGUUGCAAUAGGGAAUAACCUCAUAAAUUAUAGGUGGCCUCUGCAUCCAAACAGCUAGGGACCAGUGAUGAUAUUUGGUAAUAUGAUGGAAUAAAGGCACCGCUAUUGAAGAAUGCAGAGCUAUGGAGGCAUUUGCCUUAAUGUCACCUCUUUUGUUAAAUGAAAAUAAAACUGAAAUGUGAAUGAUACAGUGGUACCUCAGGUUACAUACGCUUCAGGUUACAGACGCUUCAGGUUACAGACUUCGCUAACCCAGAGAUAGUACCUCGGGUUAAGAACUUUGCUUCAGGAUGAGAACAGAAAUCGUGUGAUGGCGGCGCGGCAGCAGCGGGAGGCCCCAUUUGCUAAAGUGGUACCUCAGGUUAAGAACAGUUUCAGGUUAAGAACGGACCUCCAGAACGAAUUAAGUUCUUAACCCGAGGUACCACUGUGCAGCACACCAUUCCUAUUUUAUAAACAUUUUUCUGACAAUAUUGUGAGUCUGUCCUAUCUUUGUCUGCUGGACUGUCUCAUAUAAUGCAAAGCUAUUAUCCACAUCUUUGGUUUUCAUUUCAGGACUACAAGUACAGAGAAAGAUAAAAAUGGCAGGUGAAAAAUUGCCAAAAGGCAGUGAGUGGCUGGGUUCCAUGAUAAUUACAUCUGAGAUGUGAAAAUAGGGAUAAAUGUUUCAAUACCACUUUGCAAAAUUCUUUGAGGGUUUUUUUCAGGUUUGUGUGGUGGGCCACUUUUGGCAGAAGUACAAAGAUAAAGAGAUUUGAAAAGUCCGACAUUAGAGGCCGGGAAAGGUUUGAGGGUGGGGGGAGGGGAGUUUUCAGGAGCAGCCUGUAACAGAUGAUUGAUAGUGCCUUGUGAAUCACAGAGGGAACUCUGUAGAUUCAGACUUCAGGGACCACCAUGGAAACGCUUGCUUCCGGGUCACUUUCCUGCAACACUAAAAGGAUUGCCGCAAUUACCUAAGUGGGUGAACAGCUCUGUGGAUGGGGAAGCAGACUUUCAGGUAACCUGUUCGCAAUAUAAACCUGGGGGUUUUUAAGUCAAUCAGAAAACCCAGAAUGUGACCUGGUAGCUAAUCUUUAUACAUGGCUCCUUUGGGAGAAAGGGGAGAAUAUAAACUUAAUAAACAACAACAAUGAUAAUAGUGCAUCUUUAUGCAAAGAGAGUAGUGAAGGCUGCUUCUAGAUUUUUAUGUAUUUGUUCAUGACUCGCAUACUGUUGUUUCUCACAUUCAGCCAUGAUGUGCAGAAGCCCAUUCCAUCUCUUUAGAUUUUUUUGUUUGGAAAGAAAGCCUUUUGUUAAACAUUUGGUCUUAACCCACAAAUUUAAAGUUGUUUCUGCUUACUCCCACCCCCAUCCAUUCCAUCAGCUACAUAAAAUUUCCAAAAAAAUUAUGGUCAUCCUUCCUCCACCUAGCUGGGCUUAAAUGGCCAGGUGUGGCAGGCAUGCCUAUUCACCCUUCUGCGAAAAUACAGGUCACAGGGUUCGUUUCCCAUCUGUUAAUGAAACCUCAGUGCAGUAAUGUGUCUGUACACAGGAGCCUUGUCUGAUGGAUUUGGCACCAAGUGUGUUUUGAUUGUGCCCAGGCUGAAUUCUGCACAUAAGACGGCUUUUAGAAGUUUGAUACAAACAUAUUUUAGCUGCAUAGGGAACAAAGGGUAGGCAGUGAUAUGCAAAGAUAGAAAGUCUCUAUUUUAUUUUCAGAUAACAAUUUCUGUGCCUAGCAACGCAAACAUCCGGGGGGUAGGGAGAGAAGGCCAGCUUGGAGGAAUUUGCAGGUUUCCCAUGGUGACAGAUUUCUCUUGUUCCUGGGCAUCUCUCUUUCUGGCUGGUGCUCUCCAUCCCUGGCUAAUCGCCAGCUUCUCAGGGCAGGUUAGCAUUUGUUCCGACUGUGGAGAUCUAGUGCUUCUGCCAGCUAUUUUGCAGUGGGCUCAGGCUCCCACAGAGUGCCUUUCCUGGGAGAUACUUUUUGCCAUUCUAAGUGGUUGUUAGGAACAUCUAAGGCACCUGGUGCUCCACAGCUUUUCCUGUUGACAGCUCCAAAGGCCUCUCUAUAUUUAUUUCCAAUUUUGUCUCUCAGUUGUAUGGCACAUUUCUAGCUUCCCUGUCGUCAGAAGGCAAGCUGGAAGGUUUUCGGUGGCAAGUUCUUGCAGUGCUUUGAAUUUGCAAAGUACUUAAUGGUCUUUAUUGUGCUCACCUUUCAUUGUUUUUUACCCUUCAACAGCCCUGGUAGGUUGUUAUUCCUGUUCAGCAGUGUGGAAAAAUGAGUUUGAGCCUGAGGUCACUGUGGCAGAGAUGGCAUGUUAACCCACAUCUGUGGCAUCAAAGUGUUUUAUCUUUUACUUGUCAUAGUGACUCCUAUCGUGUCAUAGUGGCAGAAAGAACUGCAGGGUUGAGAUGGCAACUGCUCCUUACUCCAGCCCAGAUCUUGUGGCAGCUGCUGCUGUGUGUUGUUCUUCUUUCUCCUCCUGCAACUUACAGAAAUACUUUGCCCAUCCUAUGAUGUCACCAUAUUACAUGUUUUUCCUGUUCCACAUACGAUGAUACAGGAUUGUUUAUUGGCGUUUUGAGUUGCAUGGGGAACAUUGUCUGGGGCCAGACAUUAUUCAUUGAUUUGCUUUAGCAUUUUAUAUUCACUUUAAUGAUUGUUUUAUGUAUGUUUUCAAUUUACAGUGUUCCUGAAUACUUUUUUUUGUAUCCAAACAGAAAGAGCAAUUUGCAUGAAGGGGGGAAAUCAUUAUUUGGGGGCUACCAGUUUGAGGCUUUGCCUCUGCCCCUAUGUGUUUUGCUCUUUGGUGUUGCUCCUCCUUCCUUUCUACAUGUGGAUACAGCACCAGCCAUCCUGCUGUUUUUGCACAUCAAGCCUGGCUAGCUAGGGCAUGAAUCCCAGCUGGUGGUGUCUAAAUUGCUAUUUGCGCUGAAGUUUGUGGUUAGGAGGAUGUGCACUUUCUAAUUUAGCCCCUGGCUAGAAUAAAAGAACUGGCUUUAUGAAGAGCAGCAUAAAAAUGGUGCUCUGGACAGACAGAAAAAUGAUUUUAUUUAUAGGGAGUUUGUAGGAGAUUUGCAUUUAAUGCAGUUCGAACCAGCUGUUUAGAAGUUUGUUUUCAAUGAGCUAUUUUAUUUCAAAACAAAUACGUCAAUAAAAGAUUAUGGAUGAACGUACAGGCAAUUGAAUGUAAGCAGCAUCUUCUGUACUGAGCCCUGUGAUUAGCAAGGAUCUCACAGUAUGAUGCCAGGAGAGGCUGCAGAAGCAAAGCAGUAAACAGGAUGGAGUGGAUGGUUCAAAGCAUUAGCCCCAGGGACACUUUGGUGGUUGAAACUGGCCCCAGCACCACCAUUGGUGCUGCUUUGCUGGUGCUUUACCCUUAUCCUUACAGUAGCAACUGGCCGCUGUUUGCAUUGCUGAACCCUACAGUGUAGUGCUAUGAUUGUGCUGCCUGUUGAUAUAAAUAAAAUCCAGAAUAGUAAAGGUAGUACCUUGGGUUAAACGAACUUGUUUAGUGAAAAGAGUGUGUUCCUGUUUUGAGCUGUAAUGGAUUUUCUGACAUAGAAUGGAAAGCAGUAUGACUGAUUUGUUAUUUUCUGCAGACGGAUGGGUUACUUUAUAAAUGGCAAUGCAAAUUCUUUGUGGAAGUAGCACAGGGGUGGGAACCUUGUUUCAGGCCAAAAGCUGCAUUUCUUCCCGAACAGUCUUCCCAGGGCUGCAUGCUAGUGGUAGGCAGGGCCAGAGGCAAAAAGUAGGUGGAGCAAGGAAGGUGUCUAUGUUUCAGCAAAAAUCAUGGUUUCUAAACAUACACCUUUCUCCAUCCAGGCAACCAAGAGGCAUUUCAAAGUUCAAGAACACAUUCUAGCUAGACAAAAGCACUUGAGGAGUAUUGGUGGGUGUGGCAUAGGAAGCAAGAAUGUGUCCUGAAAAGGAGACAUGGCCAGGGGAGUGGUCCAAGGGCCGGGUGGUGAGGUCUGAAGGACCACAUCCAGCCUCCAGGCCCUGAGGUUCUCCACCUGUGAAAUAGACAGUGUCCAGUCAUAUAAUAUACCAUGCCAAUCAGUUUUGUAAACAUGGUUUAACAGGAAUCACCUGGUCUUCUACAAUGACCAGUUUCUCCUGAGAAGGCAUAUUCAGAAGCAUUACAUCUAGUUCUUUCUUUACUGCAUUUGCUGGCAUUCCUGGGUCACAUCCCUGCUAUUUGCAGGUAGCUGAAGGAACCAGCACACAAAAGAGGUGUAUCUCUAGAAUCGCAUGUUACAGUUGACGCAGGGAUGCCAUUUUAAAUGGUAUCCCUGUGUUGAGUUCUCUCUCUCUCUCUCUCUCUGUUAAAAUGUAAGAAUACUUAGUUGUGACAUGAUAUCAGUGUUACACAUUUUCCCUUUCCACAUCAGUGGCUGCCAUUGGUGAGGGCAGGGCAAUGUACAGUACAACAACUACCAGGCUUUUAGAAGACAUCUGAAGGCAGCCCUGUUUCGGGAAGCUUUUAAUGUUUGAUGUAUUAUAGUAUUUUAAUAUUCUUUUGGAAGCCGCCCAGAGUGGCCGGGGAAGCCCAGCCAGAUGGGCGGGGUAUAAAUAAUAAAUUAUUAUUAUUAUUAUUAUUAUUGCACAGAUCAGUACUUACUAUAUGUUAUGAGAGAGGAAGAGAACAAUGGCAUGGUGGUGCCAUUUUAAAAAAAAAUUUUUUUAAGCAUCUCUGUGGCCCUCCUAAUUAGUAUUUCCAUGGCUGGUAAAGUGAUAAACUUCCCAUUAUGUUAUUGUUAUUAUUAUUUUAAUAUAUUUCUCACCCUUCAUCAGAUCCCAGGGUGGGUUGCAACAAUUAAACACUCAAUAUGAAAAACAGUUAAAGCAAAUUAGUCACGGAAAUAGAGUGAAACAUAUCUCUCAAGUGUCAUGAUAUAGUGGAAACUAUAAAAUGACGACGUCAGGCGCACCUUGUGGGUAGUGAAUUCCACAACCUUGAAGAAUUCCCAGACCACCCACCCAACCACACCAAGCAUCUGAGGGCCCCCUCUGCUGAUCUUGGCAUCUGAGAAGUCUUGUAGGGAAGCAAGCAGUCUUCUAGGUAUUUGGGACCUACUUUUUUAGGGCUUUAAACACUAAUGUGAGCGUCUUGAGUUAGGCCUGGGAACAAACUGUCUUGACAAUUCAGCUGCUUUAAAACAGUGGCUGUUUGAGUUCUAAAAGUGAGCCCAAGUCAGUAAUCUGGCUGCUUCAUUAUGGUCCAUCUGAAGUGUUGUUGUUGUUUUUAAGGAGGGGUGUUAGGGAGAGAAAUAACUUCCCAUUGUAUAAAACGAAAGCUGACACAUUAUGCACUGUGACACCACUUUUGAGUGUUCCCAGCAUGUGAUUUUUACGAUGCCCUGGUCAUAUUCCGACCCUUAGUUUGCAGGACUGAAACUCAUUUCUUAAAAGCAAUUGAUUGAUGAGAAUGCUCAGAUAUCUACUCAUCUAGGUAAUGACACAGCAGGGGGUGGGUACCCUCACAGGUGAGGCCCAAGAGCUUGAACUGAGGCAGAAAGUGACUGAGGGUAUCUUUGUGGGAUUCCACCUUGGCCUGCCUCCACUAAUGCUAACCUGCACCUUCUUUUCUCUCCCACAAAUCCCCAUGAGACUCCCCUCUCUCGAGCCAUGGAAUAUUUUGCUUCUCUGUCACCAUGGUAAUGUUUCCACCUCUGUGUUCAGGGCUAUUCCCUCAGGCCCUGGCUUCCCACAGGAGGGUAACCCAAAGGAUAUGUAGUACACUUAAGUGCCACUAAAAUCAAUGAGACCCCAAUUGUUUGGAUUUAUGUUUAUACAGGCUUUCUGUGGUUCACACCCACAACUUGUUCCACCUUGUAAAACUAUUCGAAGAUUAUAUUGUAAUUGGAGGUUUUGGAGUACUUUUUAAAUUUUCAUAUAAUGGAACAUAGAAUUUAUUGCUUGCCACAUUUCAAUGCCUUGAGGUAGUUUUAUAUAAACCUUUUUUUAAAUUUAAAAAUUUUUUAAAAUAAUUUUAUUUAUUAUUCCAAACAAGAAAAACAUAAAAGAAAAAGAAAAUAUAUACCGUACAUUUUAAACACUAGGUUUACAGAAAAAGGAGCAAAGAGACUCAAAAGAAAGCAAAAAUUAACAUUUUUUGUUAAAAAAACAACAACAUUUGCCUUAUCUGAAACUGGGAUAAAAUAGGCCUCAUUUAUUUAAAACAAAGCAAAACAAUGAGGUGUAUUUGACAAUCCCUCCAAUUUAACAUAAAAAAGAAAAUGAAAUUGUAUAGGGAAUUAUUAUUUAGUGGCACAACUAGUCAGGAGACUGUCUUAAUAAACCCCACUGUCAUUUUUUAUGGCAUUUUCUCUUUGCACCAGUACUUUACCUUAAUUCCAAAGCCUCCCAGGCAUAGGAAUAAAAAAAUGAAUACUACAUGAAUAUUAAUCACAGUGGGCCCAAUUAGGACUCGGUACCUUAGACCCACCAUGUUCUUACCAGUCCUUUAUUGUUUUAUUUUUAGUAAUGCCACCCUUUGCCUGUACCACAACUUCCUGAGGUGGGACAAGCAUGCACUAGGUCUAGACAAUAAUAGUCUGGGGGAUCCAGUUAUAUGCUGGUGCUGUUGUUUCUUUGCCUCCGUUACAAAAUAAAUGUUCUUAGAAAAUGACAUAAUGAAGUGAUAAAAUGCAAGGGGUCUGAAGCCAAAACAUAUGUUUUCUUAUAUGCCCAAAUGCUUGUAGAGACCACUGUUUACAUUACUGAUUAGUAACGCAUUUGUUGGUUUGUUCUUGCUGCAGAUAGCAAACACUGAAGGGAGAGAGGGGGAAUAAUACCCAGAAUCCUCCAGUUGCAAAUGGGUUCCAGACCUGUUUUAUCCUUUACAUUUCGACACUGUAUUCCUUCAAAACCACAUCUGCAUUCUGCAUGAUGGUGGGAAUCCCCUUUCUAAUCUGAUGUCUUGUCUACAUACUUUUAUGCAUUUAACUCUUUUGAUGAAAACAGAGCAAUGGGCCCACUAAGUCUUUCCCGUGGCUUGUGGCAGGUAUUCAUGUGGAAGCAGCAGAACUACUGCAAAUGUAAAUGCAUGUACAGUACGGGCAGCCGGUUUGCAUAAACAUGAGAGGUCUUCUGACAGACUGUCCACCUAACUUCCAUCUCAUCAACACUGGGAGUGGGGGCAAAGAAACUGGAGGCAGGGGUGUCAACAACAGGAUUUUCUGCUCCAGGACACUAUAUGGGGAGACAGAAGUGUGCACAGACUUACACAACAUUGCAUAUGCAGCUUUGUAUCCUCUUUUGCAGAGGUGGUGGAGGGCCCCAAAAUAAAUUUGGGAUCGUACACAGUGAUGCAGUUUGUAUUGUUAUGGAUUUGGGGCAGAUCCCCCUAUAAUUUAGUCAAUGUUAUAAUUUAGCUAAUAUUUUAUGGGAAGAUGCCAGGCACAGUUUAAGAAAAAAAUAAAGGCUAUACCUGUAUUCCUUUUUAGGAUAUCAGCUAAUAGAGGUGCCAUUAAGAAACAGAUCAGAUAACUGGGCCGUUGAGAGCAAUUGAAAAUGCAAAUACUGUCAUUCCCCUGGCUCUGAGUAAUGGACAGAGACAGGGAAAAUUGGGGAGGUUGCCAGGGUUACAGUGGGCAUGUUGUCACCACAGGAAGAAAGUGUCCUUUUGCAGGAGGUUUUUGAAAAGAGCAAGAAGAAAGGGAGGGAAGACAGGACUCCAUGCGGACUGGCUGGGAGAGGUUGUACCCAGAGACCAGGGGCAUGGUUGGCUUCUACUCUGGACUCAAGCUUGCUGAAGCUAUGGGAGAAGCGACAAGAGACAGUCUUGGUGUGUAAUGCUCUAUACUCCCCCCAUCAAGGCUCAGGUGCAUAUAUGCGUAAAUAAAACCAUAUUGCUUAAGACACUACAGUCUCUGCUAUGCCUCAUUUAUCCAAAGGAAACACAAACCCUGGUUAAGUACCAAGAGGCCUGCAAUCUUGCACUGCUCAGCAGAGAUUGGGGUAGCCCAUAACAGUAUGUUAACACUAAGCCAAACCGCAGCUCAGCCUUAAUGCAAGGCUUCCUGGAGAAGAGAUCAGAAUCGUUGCAGUUCUUCCCCGCUCCUCCUAUGACUGUGCUACUGUGAGCUAAGCAAUGGUUUGGCUUAGCCUGCUGUACAAACUGGGGCUUGUGGUUUGUUUCGCUCCAGCCAAACCACAAAACGUAAACCGAAGAACAAAACUUGGUCGCAGCUCGUGGUUUUUUCUGGGGUGGGGCAAACCGUGAGCCUAGAUUUGAAUGACAUGGCAAGCCCAGUCAUGACUUAGCUCACAGCAGUGCAGCAGGAAGAGGACUUAAGAAGGAGCACAGCAGCUGUGAUCUCUCCAAGAGCCCACACGCUCGCCCUAAGCUCAAGGUGACCAGGGGAAACUUUCUCCAGAAUCACAUUUGUGUGUCAGAAAAGGCUUCACUAGUUUAAUUUCUGCCUCUCACAAGAGCCCUGUUCUUCUUCAGUGCCAACCCUAAACCAGGAAGUAACCUCAAGUUUCAUGAGUUGUAAACCUGUUACGUCAGUGUAGGUCUUCCAUCAGUUCAUGCAGGGGUUCAUGUAGGCCACACUCUCUGAACCAUAAUGGUCCAUCCCCAGCAAUAUGGUUCAACUAAGUAUGGAGUUUAUUUACAUUCACAUUAACAGGGUAAUUUUUAAAAAAUGUUUACAUACUAAGAAAAAAAAAAGUAUCAUUUUUGCACAAACGAAACCCGGGUUAUAGAAAGCACAUGAGUUUUCUAUCACGUUUUGCUGUUGGAAGGACACAUCACUGUUCAAUCACAGCUACAAUGAUUUCAAAUUGACAAAAAUAAUAAUAAUCCUCACUUGUCUACCAGGGACAAUGAAAAGAAAAAACAGCCUCAGAAUGACGUAAGAUGUCCCUUUAAAAUUGCACAUGUAGCCUCUUCUUCAUUGAUUCCAGAAAAAAAAAGUACAUGUAUCCAGGAAGACCCCCCAAACAUCUUCAAAAUCAACAAGCUCCUUCUCCAUUACCUCUUGGUUGGUCUUCCCUGAUGCACAUUUAAUUUUUUUUCAAUAGCUAUGAAUUGGCUAAAAACACUGAAAGGCAGGAGCAGGCUCAUAUCUCGCAAAACAAUUGCUUCGAAUAGCACCUGCACAUCUCACAUAAUUUUCAUUCUGCAAGGGUUAGAGUGUUCCAUUUAUUUAUUUAAAAAAACUCAAGCUCAGAGUUUGCACAGCCGUACCCUGCUUUGGCAAACUCGAGGCAGAGAAUAGAAAACUCUCUCUUGCCCCUGGAAACAUGACCCAGACCUUUUGAAAAUUGGAGCUUCAGCCAAACCUGUGGUCUCUGAAUGUUGUUACCCUCCUAGCAGCCUUAGCACCAUAGCCAGUAGUAGGGAUGAUGGGAGUUGUAGUCCAGAAACAUGUGGAGGGAUACAGACUCCUGACCUACCGCUAUUCUAAAGGAACAGCUGGCAUAUUUCCAAAUUCCCUUCUGUUUCUUUACUUCAGCACCUGAAAUUAUUAUCCUGAUUUAGUAACAAUUCUAUAUUUGUACUAGGAAUCCCAAAGUUUGUAACAUGCUUUUGUUCAAUAUCUCUGGCCAUUUUCCAGAAACUCACUGUAAAUUCUGAAAUCCAUCUGACCGUUCCAUUAUUUCGCUGUCAUUGUACCAGAAAUGUAUCAACAGUCAAUGUGUGUUUGGGGUCCGUUUUCCUUCCUGAACCUGCUUUCAGAUUGUACCUCUGAAUGUGUAAACAAAUCAUACAAUGAGAUGCUCGAAGGGACCAUUAGAGGAUGUAUCACAUAAGCAAGCUUUAUGACAUCUAGAAGCUUUGUUUCCUUAAAAUAUAAUGCGGGUUUCUUAAGUCUGUGUGCAUAAUACAGGAUUCUUUCUGUUCCAUUGCAUCUGCGCAGCAGAAUUCAAUAUAGCUUGUUCCUGCCUACCUUUGAGGAUUCUACCAUAGCGAUAUACCUAAAAAAACAUUCUUUUUCCCAGAUUUAAUGGAAAGCAUGGGGGUAGGAGAUUAAAUUGCCUUAAUUUAGAAACAGCAAUAGAUGUUAUAUUUUCUACCCUCUUUCAUCCCUUCCCCAUAAUCUAUUUCCUAGGACAGAUAGUUGAGCUGAGAUGUGGCCAAUUAGUUUUGUGAGGGCUGACAUGAAAUUUUUAAACCAAGACACUAAAUUUCUUGCAAGUGUUGUUCCUAAAGAGAAAAUAAUUCUAUCUGAAAUUUAAAAGCACACUAAUUGGAAGUACUGUAUGUAAAUUGCAAGCAGCUUUUAGGCUCCUGGGCAGCAUACCCUGGGUUCAAGUUUGCUCAUCUGGUGUUGUUUUGUUGAUUAUUACCUACUUACUGAAUUUAACAUGCAUUAGAAAUAUGAGCGGAAAAGAAGGUUAGAAGUAUUACAUAGAUAUUAAAACCUCAGUGCAUAUCUGGAACAUCCAUAAAACAUGAAGAUGCCAUUUGUUGCAAAACAAUUUGGAAUAACUGCCCUGAAAGUGCAUUUGGAGUUUUUUGUGAGCUUAAAGCACAAGGAAUGUAAAUUUGCAAGAUGCUGCCACAACUUCUUGGAAGGCAAUUAAUGCAGUGCAAAAGGAGCCAUUUUAAGAACAAAUGACUGUGAGAUACGCAUACAAAAUGAGGGAUCCCAGAUUUUCGAAAGCACAUUUUUCAGUUGGCAACAGUUUUUUAAAAAAGAAAUUGUUAUUAAAACCAUAGUUAGAAUGGUGUAAGAGCCCAAGCCUAGGGAAAAUGUUUAUAUCACAAUUUGAAAUCUGCACAUGCCCAUUGUUAAAAUUACAUGCUUUGUGGGGGGUGGGGGGAAUGAACAAGUUUAUUUGAUGUGUGUCACUUAAUUAUUUAUUUAGUUUUAUGUGUAGCCAUCUCCCUUAGUCUCUGAGGGGUGUGAGAGGGUUAUUUUUCCUUCAGUAAGCUAAGAAGUGGAAUUUGCUUAAGAAGUGGUGGUUUCUAUUUAUCAACUUAAAAACAAUUUACAGUGGUACCUCAGGUUACAUACACUUCAGGUUACAUACGCUUCAGGUUACAGACUCCACUAACCCAGAAAUAGUGCUUCAGGUUAAGAACUUUGCUUCAGGACGAGAACAGAAAUUGUGCUCUGGCGGCACAGCGGCAGCAGGAGGCCCCAUUAGCUAAAGUGGUGCUUCAGGUUAAGAACAGUUUCAGGUUAAGAACGGACCUCCGGAACGAAUUAAGUACUUAACCUGAGGUACCACUGUACUCAGGAACUCUAAAGCAAACUCUGUACAGUCAUCAACAGUAUUGUGUACAUUAGACUGUGAUAAAAAAUGGAUGAUAUUGCUCAACCUCCUCUGAACCUUUUUAUUAUUGUUGUUUUAAAUAGGUGCAGAAUAUUCUGGAGAGCCAUUUUUAAACUGGAUUAAUGAACCAAGUAGUCGUUGGACCAUUAUUCACUUUCAUCUCUGACAUCAACAGAGAGGUAAGAAACUAACAGUUGUCGUAUGUUAUUUCCAGCAUGCUAACAUAGCUAUGAUGAGAGGACAUUGCUUUUAUGUGUCAACGUUUCAGUUAUGCAUUUGUUUGGUACACUCAUUCAUGUGCAAGAUUGAAAAUGUGUAUACAUUUAUUGCUGUUUUUGUUUGUACAUGUCACACUAAGACAAUUUAUUGUCUAGAACACAUCACUUCUGAAUGCUGUUAAUGCAGUAUCUUGGCCUUAUGCCGAAGCUGGGUUCAGGGGGCACCAAUUGCAGCAUAUCAUUGGGACGAAUCAAAAGGUUACACCUUUGCAGAAUAUCAUGGCACCAGGAGAAUGAGGUUGAGAAUGAUGCUCAGAAUGGUUUGGCUAAGGGUGAGCAGGCAGGGUCCCUGAAAGUUGUUGUAACAGCAACUGCCUACUUAACUACUUUUAUACUUAAGUGUACAAGUUGAUCAACAUGACCUAUUAUGCAUGGAUUUGUUAGAAGAUAUUGCUAGGGUUCCCUUAAAGGGGGAGUGUCUGGAAAGCAGUCCAAGCACCACACCUCCUGCUCUGAAUAGCAACGUGGUCUUUAGAAGCACCUUAGUACUGGUGGAAUCUAACCCAGACUUGGUGGGGCAAGGCAGAGACUACAGUGCAAGUGUCUUGAUCCUGCUAGUAAUAUCUGAUUCAUCCAUUGUGAAAAUGAGAGGACCUCUUCUCCUCUGUAGGAAGAACUUUCCAAAGACACACGAUAACGUUCAGGUCAAAGUUUCAGAGAUUAGGUACUGAAAUGAAAGAGUACUUUUAAAUAUAUAAAACAUAUUAAAGCAUUGCAUUGCACCCUUCUGGUGCAAAGGCAUUGUUCAAGGCAGCUAGCCUCAUCUAAAAUCUAAAGUACCAUUGAUGCUGUCAUUGCUUAGAUUUUGGCUUAUUUGCAAACUUUUCUAUUCAUUUAGCCUUUGCAGGGGACUGACAUGCUAUAAUGUGAGGUAUACAUUGACAGCUCUUAUUUGUUGUUGUUGUUGUUGUUGUUGUUGUAUUAUAGUAUUUGUUGUUGUGGAGCAUGAUCUGGUAUGCCCGUAACAUCUUUGCAGCUGUGUUCUGGACCAGCUGAAGUUCCAGAAACUUUUCAAAGGUGGCCUUUUGUACAGCUUUUUUUGCCUUGGUGCAACUAAGACCAGUGUUCCCAUGUGUUCCUCUGACCUCUUCAGGAAUAGGCACAGCUGGUGUAGCACAUUUGGCACAGCUGCCACCAGGUUAUCCUCAUGUAAAGCUAAAUCCAGGAUCAAAUCUGUUUCUUCAGGGGAGCUAUUGCUUCCUACAAAAUACUCUGAAUCCCUAUACCUGAGUCAGGCCCUUUCCUGAUCUGGAGAGUGUCUGUCAUGUCUGGAUUAAGCAUUAAUAUGUUAGCCCUCUUCCAGCCAGCUACUGAUACAGAAUGUCAGCAUCUUCCUUGGUAUUAGGUGAAAGGAAGAAAUAGAGUUGCAUGUUAUCUGCAUAUUGAUUAUGUAUAACACACCCUAAAACCAGGGGUCAGCAAACUUUUUCAGCAGGGGGCCAGUCCACUGUCCCUCAGACCUUGUGGGGGGGCGGACUAUAUUGGGGGGGGGGAUGAUGCAAGAGUACCACGAGCCUUGGUGGCUGCUUACCUGUGUCUUGAGAGCGACGGCGGCUGGACGAUGAGUGGCGCGUGAAAGGGCUCUGGAGAGGGGCUGCUUAAAAUGGCAGCCACUUGAGUGCUGCUGCUGCUGGCACCAACAAAGCCCAGCCCCCUUCCUCCUCUAGGCAAGGCGGGGAGAAGCCAGGAGGAGGGAGGGAGGAGGUGGCACCGGCGCCGUAGGAGGGAGAGGGAAAGAAUACACAGACUGGCAAUCCACACGGCGAUUCCCAGACCAUCCGCAGGCCGGAUCCAGAAGGCAAUUGGGCCUGACCUGGCCUGUGGACUUUAGUUUGCCGACCCAUGCCCUAAACCUUUGGACAGUCUCUGCUAAAUAAGGUGAGGGAUGAUUAACCUUGCAGGUCACCAUCAGCCAAUGGCUAAGGCACUGAGCAGGAGUUCCCAGUAUCACUUCCUGGAACCAUCCCUCAAGGAAGGACUGGAGCUAUCGCAGAGCAAUUCCUGCUAAUCCCAUACCAGUCAGUCCAGAAGCAUAUUGUGGUCAAAGGUAUCAAAUGCCAUUGAGCGAAUCAACAGGAAUGUACUCCUUCCAUCCAGUUUCCAGCAAAGGUCAUUUAGAAAAUGUAGCAAGUGUAAUAUUUGAAUUAGAAUUACAGCUGCUAGAAAUGAUUUUUUAAAAGUUAGCCACAUAUAAAAACUUAUUUAAAAUUAUUUGAACUGUGUUAUGUAGAAUAACAUUAAAGCCUUUAAGAAAAUAUUUUAUUGCCCUCUGAAUGUUGUGUGUGUGUCUGGAUUUCUCCAGCACAAAUGCAGCUUCCGCUCGGCUGAUUUUUAACACACUGCUGUGAUUUGGGGAAAAACUGGCUCUGCAUACACGCACAUUUGCAUCUCACUCCACUCACUUCUGUGCAGAAAGGGACCAGAGUUAUCUCCAGUGUGCUGUUCGCUUCUGGUGGAUAACCAGUAAAAACAUCAAAAUAUUGCUUCCAAAGUUUGUGGGGUGUGUUACCUUACAAGACCUUAGAGAAUAAAACCUGUGGACCACAGGCUAAAGCAACCACAAUGGAAAGUUUUUCUUCUCCUAAGUAGAAACAUAUGUUUGCCAAAGUUCUUUGUAAAGCCCCAAAGCUUGCACUUUCUCUCCCUCUCUUACUCUCACUGCUUAAGAUGGUCUAAUAUAAUAUGUCAGCCUGCUCCCCCCCCCCCCCGCAAAUCUUGGAGUCUGGCCAAAUAGUUUUUGUUAGGCAUCAAGUGGGGAAGAGGCAGGACCAAGCAUGCUGAGGGGAAAGAAUGGAGUGCCUGGGGAGGAAGCAAGAUAACAUCCUAUCUAGGCAUAACAUCCUGUCCUGUGCUUCUGUAGCGAUUGUCUGAAAAAGAUAACAAGAGGCAGCAUCUCUCCUCUUCUCCCAGAACUUCAGAGAGUGCUCCGUGUUCUAAGAGAAUGCACAUGCCAUAUGCACACAAUAUCACUGAGUGAGCACUUGCCAUUUAAAAAUGUAAACAACGGCAUGGGGCGCUUUUCGUUUGUUUGUUGAGGAAUGUAGUCCAGUCCCAGCCAAUUCUAACUUACUGAAGCAGCGCAGAGAGAGGGGUCAGCAGGGACUUAAAUAGGAAGCCAUCAGAAUGAAUGGCUACCUCUCAGCAUUGGGACAAGCGGUCCAUAGGGAAAACAUGCCCUUUCCUAUGAUGCAGCCUGUUAAAGAGUUUCAUCGGUUCCUUUUAAGUGGUGUUUUAAAAUAGGGCUUUUAGCUUUCAUUAGCAUUGGAGUUUAUGGUCCUUCUGUGAAUUGAGGACUCAUGUAGAUAGAGCUUUUGUAUCUUUAGACGACUAUCAGUGAUAAUGAGUGUGCUUGAUCUGUCUGUCUGUCUGUCUAUCUAUCUAUCAUCUAUCAUCUAUCUAUCUAUCUAUCUAUCUACCUUUCUUUCAUCUAUCUAUUCCCAAUAUAAGAGACAUGCAUGUGGUUGGAUUUUUAGGUGCACAUUAUUGGUGGUCUUAAUUUAGGUUAUGCUGGAUUUGCUGCUAUGGAAAGCAAAUGUUUAAUGUUUGUGGGGUAGUUUAUAGAUCUAUAGAGCAAUUUGCAGGGUAGUUUAUAGAUCUAUGUAACAUUUUUUUCCGUGGGCAGGCGGGGAGGGGGAAAUGAGUGUCUUCAAAGGCCUUGGCCUAAUUUCAGUGCUGCAUGUGAAGAAGAGAAGUUCAUUUCCUUUAGUAGGUUCAGAGAGUGCAGGCAAACCUCCUGCUGCCUUGAACCUGUGAGGAAAAGAUCUUCUAUAAGUGAGAUAGUGGAAGUGAUUGUCCUCCCCAGCCCCCAACCGAAAACAGAUUCUAAUUUUCAUUUCAGGCAAGAAAACUAAGAGCCGUUUCAUAUAUUUGUCAGAGGGAAAGUUUUUAUGCUACUUCAGAUUGGAGGAGAACCCUUGUCCUUGCUGUGUUAUUUUUUGUAUAUAUAGGCAUUGGUUUGUAUUAGAGAACGUUGACUCAUACGCAGUUUAUGGGGGGAGGGGGGGAUGUCACUAAAUUCUCCCGAUACCUGCAUUUUGAAUGUGGUGUCUUUGCAGACAAGUGCCUGACAUCUGUUUGGGAUGAAGCUGUUGACUAUGCAGGCAUGUGGGUAGAAUCCUUAACACUGUUCCUUGCAGUGCAAAGAAACUAUAGACACACAGACACCAUCAAGGUAGUAUGUAGGCCUUGGUAUUACAGUGGUACCUCGGGUUACAUACGCUUCAGGUUACAGACUCCGCUAACCCAGAAAUAUUACCUCAGGUUAAGAACUUUGCUCAGGUUGAGAACAGAAAUCGUGCUCUGGCGGCGCGGCAGCAGCAGGAGGCCCCAUUAGCUAAAGUGGUGCUUCAGGUUAAGAACAGUUUCAGGUUAAGAACGGACCUCCGGAAUGAAUUAAGUACUUAACCCGAGGUACCACUGUAGUUCUUGGUGUCUGAUCAUUCUGGUUUGCAUAACUCAGUAGGUCAGAACAGCCUGUGAUCCAGAACGUUCUGGAGCUCACUCUGCAGAUACAUUUCUGCUUUGGUUGACUAGCCUUGCCUAAUGCUUACAAGCAUCUUUCUGGCGAUCCUCCAGUGAUUCAUAGACUAGGAAAUCCUGCUUGUCUUCUGUCUAUAGUAUUUGCUGUUUUCCAGAAUGAAGAGCAAGAGGGUGGAGAAGCUGUGGCCCUACAGAUGCUGUGUGGCUGCAACUCCCACUAACCCAACCCAACAACAUCUGAAUGGCCAUAGGUUUCCCAGACCUGGGAUAUACAUUCCAAAUAUGUCUGUAACCAUACCUUUUCCCAAAGCUAUGAGCACUACUGUUUGCUGCUUAGACAUCCGACUAUGCCAGGCUUUCUUCAUUCAGCUUUGAAGUGCUGGGGACUUGUGCUGCAAAUGGUUUAUUUUCCCAGGGUUUCUUAGGAUGAGGCCGUGAUAAAAAAAUGUUUAAACAAAUUUUAGGGGGGAAUAAUAAGUCAUCUGUGUUUCUGUUGCAUAUAUUUCAGCUUUCAAUGUGAGGAAGCAUUCUGAGUGCUUGCUGGGCAUUAAUAUUCUGUGUAUUUGGAGACAGUCCUUGAAAUCCUUUUGGCACUGUGACUUCUGGUUUUGAAAGUAAAAUGCAGACAGACAAGGAUAGUCUGAAGGAGAAAUUCUGUCUUGACACUAAACCAUUAAGAGUACUAUGUUUACUCAGUCCUCUUUCCUCGUACAAUAGUAAAUAGAGCAAUCCAAAAUUCUGCUGUGUGUAUAAAUUGCCUGACACCCUGUUUGUAACCACAUUAGUUUGGAAGCAUGUCCUGUUGAUCUCAGCGGAACUUAUUUCCAUGUAAAUGAGCUUAAGAUCCCCACUCUCCCAUUUAGGGCCCAUUCACGGUUUCGUUUGUCCUGUGAGUUCUAAUAUUUUGUAUUGAUCUCUCAUCAUGCAGCUGAGAGGUGUUUUCUUUUGACCUGCUGUUUUCCUUGAGGAAACCCACCUUUUACUGCUGAAUUGGAACAAACGUCAAUCCAUGGAAAACCUGAAGAGAAAUAUGUCUCUCUUCUGAACUGGUCCUAAAACACUCCUGAACGGUAUUUGUUUACUCAAGCUGUGUUUUGGGCGGUCCACUCCCACCUCCUUUCAUUAUAUCUCUGCCUACCGCUGCAGGAUAAUUUUUCCAGGUGUCUCUCCAGCUUCAAGCAGUGCACUUCCAGUUUUCUUGACAGGCUUAAAUUGCAAUUAAACAAUAUGUGUGGAAAGUGUGUGUGUGUGUGUUCGUUCCGGCUUGUUUGUUUUGAUUGGUUGUGAUGGUUCCCGUCACAGCUUUAUUUUCAGUCUUUAGUAAUAAGUAUUAAAUAAUAUGCAUCGCAGUGGUGGCCAGACUUGGCCCCCCAGCUGUUUUGGGACUACAAUUCCCAUCAUCCCUGACGACUGGCCCUGUUAGCUAGGGAUGAUGGGAGUUGUAGUCCAAAAAUAGCUGGAGGGCCAAGUUUGGCCACCACUGAUGUAUCAGAAGGGUCCUGGCUCCUUUGGUUUAUGUUGAAUGAUUGUUUGUCAUGGACUGGCUGGAUGCAGAGGAGUGGUGGGAGGCAUCAGCUGGGGAACCCCCAAGCAAACCCCCAAGGGAAGAAAGCUCAGAGCUGGGGGGUUGGUAGUGGGACAGCGAUGAGUGAUCAGAGGGAGAAGAGGGUACCGACUGGUAGGAGGAGAUGUCAGAAGCUGAAGAGGUAAUGGUAUAGUGAACAGGAAGAGGCUGUGGCAGAGAGCAAUUCAGACUCUGAGGCAGAAGCAGAGUGGAGGCAGGCUGCUGAAGAAUCCAGGGAGUCCCCACCUCCUGCAAUGACUAGCUCUCCUCCUCCCUGGUCUCCCAGAACCCAAAGAGGUAUGAAGAGGGUGGAGCAAAGAGACACUAGACAACGGAGUCUCAGGUUGCUGGGGAAGGACCUGAGGGAGUAGGAGCCUUAGAAAGUGGUGGAAAGCAGGGAACUUCAGUCCUGACAACUGUCUCAUUGGGGCAAACCUACUGAGAAAAGUCACUGUGAUCACUAGGCACAGUCUGAUCACUAAGUGAGCUUCUGAUCCCACUAUCUAGAAGCACUUCUGUCUCUAGAAAUAGCUAACAUUCUCUCCUGAAAGAACCAUAAGUGUUUGAAUCUUAUUCUUGGCAAGAUUUUGAGAUGCAAUGCCCUUGAAUCCAGUCAGAGGCUGACCUGCAUAUGAGUGUGUCAGGGGUGUGAGUAAGGGUUUCAUCUUUACAACGUAAGAGUAGACCCACCCUGCCCCGGCCAGCAGAUUCACUUGCAGGGGAGCAUUGCUCAGUUUGCUGUUUGAACCAGGAGGCUUGGGUGACGGACUUCCGAAGAGGGUAUCUUGCUAAACGUGUGCACCUUGAGCCUGCUGUUCAAUGUUGUGAGAGCCAACACUGUCAGCUUACCCAGUAUCUCUUUAACAGAGCUACAGAGUCAACAUCUGAACCUAGAAGUGGAGCCCCAACCAGCAAUUUCUUCUAGAAUGCAGUGUUGAUUGCAGCGGCUGUCCCUGGAACGCAGCCCAGGGAGAGAACAGCUGGUCCAAGCAUGCCAAAGGCCUUUCCUGAACUGUAAUGGCCUCACCUCACCUGCCCUUCCCUUGCUAUCUGACACUCCUUUUCUCACUCCUCAUUGUUGAUUCCCCGGCCUUUGCCCUAGUCAUAUCUGUCUAAUGUAGAUUGCAAGCUCCCUGGGUGGGGACUGAAUUAUUAUUGUUCUGUGGAACCCCUGCUGCCGCAGCGUUCCCACUGCUAAACAUCUUGGCAAUACAAUACUUUGAAUUACAGACCUCAAGAUUUAAGUCAAGUAACAGGAGUGACUGUUCUUGGGACAAAUUCCAGAGUGAGAGCCCUUCUGUGCUCCUGCUCUGAAUCACGAGUGCAGCAGCAGCAGCAUAUGAUGAUUGUUGCUACCCUGUAAGUCAUAUUUCAAAUGAUAUCAUUACCGAACUCUCUCUACUGGGAGCUAACUCACUUUAUACUUUUAGGUGCAUGCUUGCCUCGCUAACAUUUGCAGUCUCAGAGUUCAUUGCACGGUGACAAUCCUGUGUCCUGUAUCGUGUCUUCGUUUUGAUCCAUCGGUACUUUGCCAUCUAGUUCAGAGGCUGAAUAUGUUCCGAGCUGGCAAGCAAACUCAGAUCCAUGUUAGCAGCUUUCGCCAGAUGGUGGUGUGCUGUUUUGAACUAAGCAUCAGUGGAACAAGCAUACAUGGGCUGAUGAGGUAUACUGUUCCACUUGUUUUUGCCAAAAAGCCAUGCAAUGCACUGAGUGGCCAUCUUGGCCACAUGGUAUAGCUGAAUGAGAGAGAGAGAGGGUAUUUCGAGGGAGGCAAUAAAUAAGGCGGCAAACCCUGGUGUGUAUGUGUGUUUGUUUUUCUGUGUGCAUUCAGUUUUAGCAGUUUGACUGGCAAACAUAACUUGACUGCAAGUCAUGAACUUCAUUGAAUUUCAUCCAAAAAAGACACAGCUGAGCAAUCUACAGGAAGCAAUCUUUUCCUAGAAGCAUGCCGUUCCAAACUGUACAAGUUAUUGUGCAGCUCGUAAAAGUGUCUGCACAGCUAAACCUGGACAGUUGGGUCCUGUUCAGAUUUUUGUAUUCAUCAGAACUGGGCUUCCAAUAUGGGGAAAAAAAAAUAUCCACAUUGUGCAGUGAAAGAACAGGGACAGGAACCCUUGGUUGUUUCUGGUUGCAGCUGUUUACUGAAGUUUUUUUUGCAAAAUAUGGAAAAAUGUGAGAAUGUUAGUUCAGUAAUGGUUCCAAGCUCGACUCGUGGAAAAUAUGACAGUGUUUCCAUCAGCAGUUAAGAACAAGUUGGGUCUUUUAUUUCUGCAGGGGAGGUGGCAUGCAGUUUGCCCUACACAGGAAAUUGUCAACGGUAACCUGCAAGCAGCUGUGCAAUGACUGCAUGUAGGAGGGAAGAGUUCAAAGCCUUCCUGUCCUGAUAUUUACUGAUGGCUUUAGCUUUUUCAAGUUAAGACCAAAUCUAAAUGAGGAUGUAUAAAAUGUUGCUGAUCUAAGCUAGUGCAGAUAGUUCUCAUGGAACGGAGACCCAAAUACGUGGCAUACUUGAAAUUAUAUAAUUUGUGCACAUUCACACGCAGUAGAUAAACUACCUGCAACUUCUGAGGACACGGGAGAGUUGAAGGGACAUUUAGGCAGGCCUGUGUAGUGGGGGCAGCUGGGUAGACUUCUCCAGGGCCUCAGAGAGCUAAUUCAGCCCAGGGCCAUUCCAGGGACCAGCAGCUCUGUCGUUUGAGUUUAUAACUUUAUUCUAACAAGACUCCCGCCCCCGGCCUCAGAUUGUGGCCAGCCCCUACAUUCAGACUUUACCUUUCUUGCCCACCACCACUGAAACGGGGGCAGCACCUUUGCAACUGCCUGCUACCUGCCCAGCAAGACAAAUCCUAGCACCACCAUGACUAUAUGCAGCUGGGCAAAUCGGGUCACAGAUAAUAAGCUGUAUUAUGUACCUCACAUUGCCAGGCAGAAGACAAUAGUGCCAUUGCAACACUUCUCUCUGCCUCUCACUCAGGGGGAACAUCACCAACCCAAACGUCCCAUCUCUAAGGCUCUCACCCUGGGUUAAAGGUCACAGGCUUAUUGCCCACAGUGCAAAGCCUACAAUUUCAUAUCCUGACAGGCAGGGUGGGCACACCGGAAACUUACUGAAGUGUAGACCCAAAGGGGAGAGGGAAAUCCCAUUUGGUGUCUCUCCCUUUGGGGACAACGCUGCCACAGGUUGACCCUGCCAUCCACAUUGGUGCCUGCUCUUAUAUACUCAGGCAGGCUGUGCACCACACCCCAGCUGUAUCCACUCGCCUGUUUUGGCUGCCCCACUCCAGCCAGUAGGUGGGCAGUCACAUUUUGCACCUGGAGAGCCAGUGUGGUGUAGUGGUUAAGAGCGGUAGCCUUGUAAUCUCGGGAACCGGGUUCGCAGCUCCGCUCCUCCACAUGCAGCUGCUGGGUAACCUUGGGCCAGUCACACUUCUUUGAAGUCUCUCAGCCCCACUCACCUCACAGAGUGUUUGUUGUGGGGGAGGAAGGGAAAGGAGAAUGUUAGCCGCUUUGAGACUCCUUAAAAAGGGAGUGAAAGGCGGGAUAUCAAAUCCAAACUCUUCUUCUUCUUCUUCUGUUGUAGUUUCCGAAGCAUUUUCCGUGGCGGUCCCAAAAGCAGUCGAGCGUAAGUCACUUGUGCAUGGAUUGCAACAUAAUCUGUUUAUUCUGCCAAUUGAGUUAGCUAUGGAUGAAUUCUAAUUUCACACACACACACACCUCCAUCAUCCCAAAAAGAGAGAAAGCACAAUCAUUACAUAAAGGAUCCGUCUUCUGCUAAAGCUGAUAAUAUGGUUGCAAAAUGGAAAGUUUUAGUGGCUUUUUUUUGUUUUGUUGCCGGUUUCAGAUGUUCCUUCUGUUUCCACUGACAUAGGUACGGAUGCAACAGCAUGUAUAUUAUGUUACAUUUUAGAUAGGCCAUAGCAAAUUAUUUGUAGAAAGCUAAUAGCAAUAUUUAAAUCAAGGAAUAGAAAGCUUUGUCCUUGUUUAGCCAAAAGAUAUAAGGUGCUUGUCUAGAUAGCGUUUCUCAGACUCUCUGAAUUCAGCUCUUGUUUCCUUUUACAUUUAUCCUGCCUUCCAACCUUGUCCCCACCUCAUGCCCAAACCAGGCCAGUUGGCAGAUGAGGGAGGGCACAGAGCUUUGUCCACGAGAAACUAUGGAAUGAGUUGGAGGGAUGUUUGAGUAAGAGGGUUAUAGUUUGAGUCACUCACCUGCCAGACCCAACAGAGGAUUGUAUAAAAUGAACUCAGUGCUAGGAAGUAGCCCCCGCCCCUUUCCACUGUGAUGUGAUGUCAGUAAUGCUACUUAUGUGCAUGAGUCCUGAUCACAUGCAAAUUUGAGGCAGGCUACAGCUAGACGGAUGUUGAGAAUUUACCUCUGGUCACGUUGUGUGACCAGAGCAAUUCGUGUGCGGUUAAGGUCAUGAUUUCCACCCACCCAUCUAGACAUGCAUGAAAAAUUGCUCUCGCCUGUGGCUUGGAGAAGUCUGCUAACGGCUCCGCGGAGAGCCAGCUGCACCUUGUGUUGUAUUUAGACUGUGGUCUGAGAUGGUCUUUAAGUCUUUAUGCGUCCUUUCAUUGCUCACAAAGAGCCAAAUUAAUGAGACCUCAUCAAUGUGCAAUUUGAAUCAGUGCGAUCUGCUAAAGAGCGUGUAGAAAUUAAACAUGAAGGGGCUGCAUUCAGUUCUCUGCUGAAUGGCAUGCUUUUGUAAAGUCCGAAGCAGGUGACACUCCACCUUAGUUUUUCAUCUCUAAAUGGGAUUAUAAAUUUCCCCUGCUGGAGUUGAUCAUCUUAACUGAAGUUUCUGACACGUGCCACAAGUAGGGUUAUAGAAUACCACUGCUGCUCCCAUUAGCCACUUAUUUCACAUGUUCGAUAGGCAAAGGGCUAACAGAUUGCAUGCAGGAAUGGGCAAAGGAGUAUGCGACGACAAACGUUGAAUGCGGGAGAGCAAAUAGGUUUUUCAGAGGGCAGAAGAAGAGCUUAAAUAUUUGUGUUUUUUGUUUAAAUGGGGAGGUUCUUUAUUCAGCAUCUUUGGUCUGUGUGACACUACAUCAAUCCAUCCAUCCAGAGAGAGAGAAUAUAGGUUUCUGCUCCAAAGAGUGAGUGGUAUUCAACUAUGUUGUACUCAGAGUAGAACUAUGGGAAUUAAGGUGCCUAACUUAGUCAUUUUCAUUAAGUUCAGUGUGUGUACUGUUAAGUUCUACCAUGUAUUUAUUAUUUUAUUCAUUUAAGAUCCAGUGGUGGUGUAGUGGUUAGAGGGUCAGACUAGGGCCUGGGAGACCGGGGUUCUUAUCCCCGCUCUGCUAUGAAUCUCACUGGGUGCCCUUGGGCCAGCCACUGUCUCUUAGCCCUGACCUCCCUCACAGGGUUGUUGUGAGGAUAAAAUGGGGAGGGGAGGGAAACCAUGUAUGCCCCCCUCAACUCCUUGGAGGGAAGGUGGGAUAGAAAACAAAAUUUAAAUAUAAAAUAUAUGUAUUAUUUUAACCAUGCUCAUAGGGUGGUUUGAAUAAAUAUUUGCUACGAAAACUGGAUGUUGAGUGCAGAAAGCUUCCCAAAUAAAUAAAUAAUGGCUGUUUUACUGAGAACCUUUGGCCUGCUAGUCAUCAGCUUGGUGCUUCCAGCUCUUGAAAUAUAUAUAAUUUUGAUGUUCAGUGAGGACUGCCUUCAGUGCAGGUUUGGGCAUGGUUGAAGUGUGAUCUUUUGUGGAAACAUGAGCACUGUUAAUGAUGAAACCAGAGCUUUGUUAAUAAUGCAUUAUAAUUAUUGCUUCUGUCAGGCACGUAUCUCAUAUUUCUUUUAUUUUAGCCAGAGAAUCCCAGUUAAACUGACUUGGUUUGAUAUGGUUCUUUUCUAUACCCCUUUUUAUUUUUAUUUUGUUUUUGUGACUGGGGAGCCUUUUUCAAGGUCAGUGUGCCUUUGCAAUGUAAGUGCAUCUAUUUAGCCUGGUGAAAUACGUAGGCAGAGAAUAGCCUACGUAAUGAGCAAAUGAGGGAACACAAUCUUAAUAAUACAAGGCACCUGAUUGGCCCUGCCCUUUCCUCAAACAAUGGAGAUGUACGUCAUUCUCCAGGACAAACAGUGCCUGUGGCACUGUGCUUCCCAUGUUUGAACUGCUUUCCUGGGUGAAAUCAUCCACAUAUAUUUCUGUGCAUUACGGAUAAAGCUUCUUAUCCAGUGUGUCAGUCAAACACAUAAACAUUUAAAUGCUACCUAGGUGGAGAGCAGGGCUGUCCUCUCUUUUGGGGAGGGAGGUGCGAUGGAGCACAAUCUUUGGAUGAUGAAGAUCCCAGGUUCAGCAUUGGGCAUUUCUAGUUAUAAAGGGCAGGCAUCCAAGGAAUGGGAAAGUACUUUCUUUGUCUCAGGUCUGGGGCUGGACAAUAUCUGGUUUUCAACAUUGCAAUAUAUCACCAGCUAAACAUUGUGAUAUACCGAUAUAUCAUGAUGUCUGUAAUAAGGAUGGAGUUAUGUAGAGGCACUGGCUGGCUUCACGGUUUUCCCCGUGUCAUGGUUUUUUGCAUAACAAACACACCCCAUGAUUCACGAUAUAUUGCCAGGCCAAAAAUUAUGAAACUGAUAUCACGAUAUAGACUUAAAACUGGUUUUGGACGAUAUAUUGAUAGAGCCACUUCCGCCUUAAGAGGAGGUGGUGUUGCGGGCUGCAUGCCCCCACCACGCGCGCAGUGGCUGGCUCUCAGCCUCCGCGUGAUUGAGGGAAUCCCUGGCCCCGUCAUCCCCUGGACAGCCAAUCGGCUGGCUCGGGGGGCAGGGCCUGCCCUAUUUAGUGCAGGCGCAGCCGGGGAUCUCCCUCUUUUGCCGCCUCCAGCUGCUAAGGUUUCCCACCCUCCCACCUUUUAAGGUUUCCGUCUUUGACCUUGCUAUGGACCUUGGUUGAUCGCCGUUAAGGGGCCUGGUAGGAUUUUUUUCCACUUGGCAAAUUGGCACCAGCCACUUGGUUUUUUGCCUACCUCGUAGCAAAUUGUCACAACUUCCUUGGUAUUGGCGGUUAGGCAUUGGUAUUGGUAUUGGUAUUGUUAUGUAGAUGGAAGGGGGGAGAAAGCGCCAUCACCUCCCCCGCAUAUUGAAGGGUAGUCCGAUAAAGGAUUCUGUGGGGCAUGGCCCUGUCCAAAGCCUAUGGAGGUGAGGGCCUAAGGCACGCCCCCGAGCAGUGACCCCGGGGGAGUUCCUAGUUGAUGUGCAUCAGCAAGACCCCCUACUGGUGGUUAACCCUUCCCGGACUUCAAGCGGACGGGCUGAAACCGUAUAGUCUGUUAGAACCAAUGCCAAUACCGCUCUUACCUGUAACCAAUAAAGUUGUGACCAUAUUUAGCUCAUUAACCUUAAAUAAUUGUGUCAUGUGUCUUUAUUUCCACUGGGGCGGGGGGGGGGCGGGAACUCACCACACAACAACCAGCACUCGCCUUGGAUAAUUAGCCGGAUCAGGGAUUUUAAAAAUACCUGGUCAGUGGGUAAAUGCAGGGAUGGGUUUUGAGUGGACACUAGGUGGAUCUGGGUGGGUCAGGAGGUAGAGAACAUAGCCGUGUCUGGCAGGUUAUAGGUUGAAGCCUGGCAGGUCUGGGCACCAGUUCAUUAGGAGGCUAAAUUAAACCCUCUACUGUACUUCAAAAAAACAAAGCAAAAACAACAACAACAAACCCACACCUGGUUUAUUCCACAAAAUUAUAGAUGUGAAUAAAUACGUAAAAUAUGGUCUAGUUGUCAAACCAUAAAAUCUGGUGCUUUCAGAUACUUUGGAGAUGGUUGGCAAGCUUUGGAAGGGUGUUGGUUUUUAACUAGGGAAAUGAUGCCAAUUGAAGGACUGAACUUUUUCUUCAAUCUAGUUUGGAUCUUCCACGCCAUAACUUUAGCCUGGCCAUUGACACUUGUUCUAUUUUGCUUUGUGGGACCCACUGCUUUUGUUGAAUCUCUGUAGUUAUGGUUGGUUUGUUUUUACUGUCUUACUUGUUUUAAAAUUAUUUUGCUUGUUUUAUAACUUGCAUAUUGCAUUGUAACCUGCCCUGGUACCUUGUGGUGAAGGGCAGGUUAAGAAAUCUUACAUUUAAAUAAAUGUAGUGUGGUCUUUGGGGAGUUGCCACAUGAUGGCGCUAGAGACCUGGAUGCCGCUGUGUUGGCUGGUGUCUUAUCUGGGCAAACAAGGAUCAGCAGUUACCUUAGUGACUUCCGGAGCUUGAAAUUGUGAGGGAUCAUCAGGAGAUAAGCAAGUUCUGGGGAGAUGAGUGACAUUCUUGCUGUUUGACCACAAGGAAGAUGUGCAUCUUUAGAGAUGGCCCUGGAAAAAAAACUGGGAAAAAUGGGAUCACAGGCACCUGAUCUCCACCGUCUAGCUAGCAGCUUUGUAUGGGUGCCAAACCGCUAUAAUUUAAUCCCUGAAAAACCAGUAGCAAUCACUAUGAUGAUAAUGCAAUUUCCUCCAUUUAUGGGUCUUCAGAACCUUUUGCCAUUGUCCAAUAAUUAGCUGGAAUAUCUUGCCACUGUCUUCUCUGUUGAAACGUAAGAGGCAUUUUGUGGUAUUGAGAAGAGAUAGGUGCAACAGUCGUUGACAGCGUUUAUCUGACCUUUAGCCACCCAUGAUGCCGUGGUGCACUGGGAGUGACAGUGGGAGGGGCUAGGACUUGGUGGUGCAAACACACUAGUAGGAGCCCUGGAUUGGCUCUGCCAGUGUGUUCGCACCAUGCUGACCUUCCUGCCGCCUCUCCUUCCUGGUACUCCCCAGUGAGUACGUGACAGGUGGUCAGGUAAGUGCUGCUGCCCCAACAUGGGAAGAGAGGAGGGCUGGAAGAGGAAAUAACUCUUCAGUCUUUGGCAAAUUUGGUCUUUUCUUUUUGGUUUUCCUUCUGAGGAAGGCCGAAUGAGGGGGUAGGGCAGAUCUCCGCAGGCUCCAGUGUUCUGUAUCAUGGCAUACAGCUUCUUUUCAAACCCUUCCUUGAUUCUGGUGGUGUCUGGAAUGCAUGGGUGGUAUCUGGAAAACUGUAAGUGCUCACUUUGUAAAUGGGUACAUUAUCAAUAAAACUUUCAUUUUUGGUGGGUGGGGGCAUAAAAAAGCAGGGGAGGAAUUAUACAUAAACUUUUAUGUCGCAGAAAUUGCUGUGGCACUUCCUGACAGCUAGUCAUGAAAUAUGCCGAAAGAAGACUGGAAGGAUACUUCGAAAACACAUCAGUGAAAGGGUUAGAGCACCUCUGAAUAAUAAACCAUAUCCCAUGAAAUAUCUGUCCUAGACUGGGCAAAAUAUUUAUGUGCCUGGCUUGCAGGAUGCAAACAGUUAUGGCCAGCCAAGAGACAAGAGUUUUAUGGCAUCUCUAAUUACAUACCACAUUACUUCAUUGCAUUGUGUUAUACAUUAUGCAUUAUAUUAACCAAUCAGGAACUUAAAGAACUUCAGCCCACUGUGCGUAGCUCAUCACUUCAACAGGAACUGCUUCGUCUGCUGUAAAUAAUUAAUUGCUACCACGAUAAUCUUGCCUGCCUGCAAUGCCAUACAUGCAUAUGUAUCUAGUAGCGGUGUAUAUCUUCCUUUUGCAUAUACAUGCCCAUCCUGCCUGCUUUUUAAACUCGUGGGAAAUUAUAGAAGUUUAGUAGGUGUUACAAGAUCUGCUAGUGUGCCUGUACACACAUGAAUGUGAACAACUGUUCUGGCCAUGUAUUCACUGCAGACUUUGCAAUGAGCAGUACACUUCUUUUGAUCUUGACUAAAGACAUUUGUGUACACAUAGACUGAAUUGCAUUGGCUUUUAAUACCUUGCUUGUUGUGGGAGAACUUGGCACUGACCAAUAAGGAAACCAGCAUCAGUUGCUUACUUUGGAGAGCUAGCAGGAACCACACCAUGAUUGCAGUUUUGUUGGCAUCUGUCUUUCCCAAGAGACAAUAAAGGGGUGUGUCUUUUGGGGUGAAGUCAGACUGUUGGAAAGUUACAGCACUUGCUGUGGCUGUAGAGACCAAUGUAGGAGAGACAUGUUUUGUUGCAGCUAGGGCAGAUGAAGGCAAGAGAGAGGGAGCUUGUUAAAAUAAUCUUUCCACCUGUCAAAAUGUUGGUAAAAUUAUUGUUUACUUGAUAUGGUUAGUUGUCAACUGCAGCGUGACUCCUCCCUUUCAACCACUGAUGGUCUCUGGGUUCCUUGUGAACCCACCAAAGUAUGGCUUUAAAAUAUAAAGAUUAUUCCUUUAAAAAACACUGGUGAGGUAUUGAUCCAUAGCAGAGUCCUAAGUAGUCCCAAAGUAACUAGGGUCAUUGAGGAAAGAUAUGUGUCAAGUUAAGCUCAAGUGGAGGAAAUUCUGGAGGCGUCCUGCGUCAAGUUAAUUGAGUGUCGUGCCACAAGAUGAAAGCCAAGUCAUGGGGCAGCUCUGCCCUACUAGUGCUCCUGCUUUCGCUAAAAACUUGGGAAUUCCAAGGAAAUGGAGAAAUCAUGGUGCAAAUUGUGCUUGAGGAUUAGGAACCAUUUACACACAAUGCUACUUGUGAUUGGCAUUGGCUGGGAUCAGCACUUACUCACACAACAAAGGCUCUCUCUCAUGACCACCAUGACACCCUCAUUGCUCAGAGCAAAGCUAGAUUGCACAUAGUCUUCAGCCAUGUACAGGGUUCCAUCUGAACAAGUCCUCAGCAAUAAGGGAGGCCUAGAGAAAGGGAAUUGGGAAUGAAGCAAGAGGUUGCGGCCCUUAUCUGACAGUCCGGAUACCCUUGCUAAACAUUGCCUGACCUGUCAGAGGAAUAGAGAGAGCUGGAGGAUGGUAACAAUGCCAUGAGUGUUUGGCUCUACAUGUUAUGGAUUUAAGGACAGAAGAGAGCAUGAGGCUUGCCAGGUACAGGAAGCAGCAGGUAGAAAGUAGCAUCAUGUGGUCUGGGAGAGGAGGCAGAGGGUGCAGGAAGAGGACAGUCCAAGAAGACGGUGCUGGUGGAUGUGGGAGAAGGAAAUGAAUGAGGGCAAUUGGAAACCUGUUCGAUAAGCUGUUUCCACUCCCAGAAAACAGACCAUGUGCUAAAAAUGUUACGCCUGGGGAAGAGGGGGAACUACAUGUUUGGUACUAGGGAAAAGUUGCCUGCUGCCAUGGGAGGAAGGGAUUCAGAUUCGUGAACCACUCUGGAUUUUCCAGGGGGUCUUCUCUUGAGACAUAUAUAGUAAUAUCGCUUCUGGAUGAUUGGAGCCAGCAGAAGGAAACUAAAUACAGUUUCUUUGGAGAUGAGUGUGCCCACAUUCAGAAUAAAUCUUUAUGUGAAUUUCUGUGACCUUACUACAUGUGCAGUAUGACAAAUCUGUGCCUCUCUUCACAGUUCCUUCCGCUGCAGUCUGGCCCUUCACUGAACUAAGUUGACUACCUCUGUUCUAAUUAUAGACCAUAGGUGGAAGUGGAAAGACCUAGUCAUAUGGGUUGGUGACAUUCUUCCUUCCUCUCUCUCAGUCGCGUGGGGGCAUGCCUUGAACCACCUGAACUUAACAUUUGUUCCUUAUUUGAUUGAUGCAUUUGCAACUCGAUCUUCUCUAUGAGGAGGCCAGGGUGGGGUGAUGAGAGGGUGUCCCCAAGAGGUCUCUCAUCCUUUUACUACCCGGGGCCUAGACCACAUUAGCUUCAGAGAUGGAAAUACAUCAGACUGCUUCAGCCCGCUCAGGUAGAAUUUUCUCGAUACUUCUAUUGGUUUGUAGCCUGCUGUCGUCUAGUAUAUGAUACCUUUAUGAUUUGCAGUUGGACUUGUUAGGUGUUCGUUUUUGAAAAGGCACUAGAUUUUUAUGUUUGUUAGCCUUUGUUCCUUAGGUCAGUUAGCUUUCUUAUCUGAAUUUUGUAAUAAGUAGCUGUUCCCUGGUUCUUUAGAGAUAUCUAGAAGUAACGUGGAUGUUUAUCUUUUUCUCCUGCAAAAGAGAGAGUGAAAAGUGACAAUUGCAGGAGCUUUAGUUAGCAUAGAUCUCAACGAUGCUUGCUAGAUACACCAGUGUCACUGUACUUAGCAGCACCACAGAGAAACUGCCAUGUAUAAGAAUGUAACUGAGCAAGCAGACAAGUAUAUUGAAAACCAGGAUGCUGCUUUGCAUUUAGGUGAGGUUAAAAAAACACACCACCUAAAACAUCAAGUGUUAGACUUGCUAAAAAUAUGAAUACAGUCAUACCCAGUGGGUAGUCCUGGUUAUAUUUAGAUUUUAUGCUUGCCUUUAUUUUUUAAUGACACCUCCAGUGUACCUUCAGUUCUCAGCAAUGCACUGCUUCCUGUGUUAGUAGGAAAGGAGGAUCAGAUCUUGUCAGGUGUCAUUUAUCAUUGCAUUGCAAAUGGGUGGUUUUUGGGGUAGGAAGAACAAAGCUUAAUAUAACAGUGAACAGCAAGGGCAAACUCUCUCUCUCUCUCUCUCUCUCUCUCUCUCCCCCCCCCCACCCGGCAAAAAAAGACAACCACUCUCCUUAAACAGUUUGCUCUUUGCAACUGCAGAGUCUUCUCUGAUCACCCACGCUCAUCUGGCUGCUGACGCUGUAGGAGCUUCAUUUGCAUGAACUAUUUUUGCAACUAUUGUGUGUCUUUUGAGGAAACAAGCAAGAAGACUGGCUUGUAGUGAUUCACCAUCUCAGGGCACCUAAAAUGUGGAAGGGAAAAGAGAAUAGACGUAUGCAUGCUGAUUUCUCUUAAAUGUUUCUGAGUGGCAGAGCUUGGCUCAGCAGCAAGGCACAAGGGCUGCUUUGCACAUUGCAUGUGAACAUGUCACAUAGCCAUGCAGCAUGGGUGUAAUUGCAUCAUAUUGCCCUUUCCCAUGUGCGCAUUUUGGCAGAUGUGCCUUUGUCGACAAAUAACAAGUAAAAGAGUCCCAAAUCAAAUAUAUCUAGUGUAGUUUUUAAUAUAUGAUUUGCUUCAGAAAACCAGCAUCUAGUUAGAUGGAGCAGCAUAUAUAACACAGAUGAGCAAACAUAUACGGAUAGUGACCGAUUUGCUAGGCUCCAGGCUUUUGCAUACAUCAGCAAGGCCUGUGUAAGGCCACCCCGUUCCACCCCUUUUUGGUGACAUUUUUGGGUCACUUCCAGGCUCAGCAUGAUGCGUGUGGUUGCUCACAUAUUGGACGCGCCCAAAAUGGUUGCUGCCUGUAUGUAAAUAUUUACGGACAAGCCUGUGAUAGAGCCAGUGUAGUGCAGUUGCUAGUAUGAUGGCCAGGCAUUUUGGGACGCUGAAGUUCAAAUCCCCACUUGGUCUUGGAACAUGCUUUGCAACUUUGGGGAAAUCACUUUCUCUAAGCUUAAUGAAUUGUGUUGUUUUGGUUUUUCUAGCAUGGAAGAACUUAAAAAUAUUCAAGUAAUGGAAACUCAGUAAGUUUUGGAGGUAGAAUGUACCCUUUUCUACAUUUAAAAAGUUUCUCCUGGUUGAGUUUAUUCUGCAUGUGGAAAAGGAUUCUAUAUGAGCUAAUGAGCUGGUAUAACUAUCUGUGUGUGUUGUGUGUGUAUGUGUGUGUGAUACACAACCAUUCAAUCUUUCAUGAAGAGCCAGUGAAAAGUCCUGGAAAUUACAUUCCUACAUGGAAAAGCUUGGGAAACAGUGUAGACUGCCAGCUACAAAGCCACAACCACAAGAGACUUAUAACCUCUCUCUACCCUGCUUUAUUAGCAAAUAUUGAACAUCUGAAAUAAAAUGUAUAUGAUCUGGUAAAAUAAAUACUACUCCAUCACUGGGAGAUCCAAAGAAAGUUUUCACUUUGUUUCUUAAUAAUGCUUGAUGAAAAGAGUAGAAUACCAGAUCCUCCUCUUAUUACAGGUUUGCAGUUUGAGGUCCAAAUGUUAUACUGCUUGGGGUUGCCUGACUGUCACUUGGAGAACCUUGUGUGUUAGUCAGAAUGUUAGAUGCAUCAUACCGGGGCAGACUAUUUGAACUGGAUACCUUUCCUGCCACUGAGCUAUCGUAACCCCCCGCCGCCGCCGCCGCCGCCGCCACCGCCACACACACACUGCUGCCAGGCACAACUGGCAGAAGCAGAGAGACUCUCCAUCAGAUUGUGACAGUGUGCACAGGUAACUUCUAGUGGAUGCUAUAGGCACAGCAUGCAGCACUUGACUUAUGGAGACCUGCUGCAUGGAGGCAGAUGAACCUCUAUAAGCAGGCUGUUCAAAGGUAUAGGAACCACUACUAAAAAAGCACUUUUUCCAUUAAAGCAAUUCAGUUGAUAAUAAAAUUAUGGGUAAAACCCAUCCAUCAAGACAAGCAAAAUUACCUCAGUCCCAUAAGAGGGCCCAAAACAAAACAAAAAACACACCCAGCUGUGCUAAUGGUUGUGAAAGGCAGACAUAAAAGUUUUAGGAAUUUCUUUAAGUGCUGUCAGGGUGCAUUUGAUCCCACCUGAGUUAAUGUUGAGUUAACCAGCCAUGAUAAAAAUGGGUGAAACGAAGCUUAUUAGUGGUACUGAUGGUGGCUGUGAAUGAAUCAGCUUGACUGAGGCCUUCCUGGAACUUAGGCUGUGUAGUGGUGCCCUCCCUGUGGAACGCCCUUCCUUCAGAUGUCAAGGACAUAAAAAAACUACACAACUUUUAGAAGACAUCUGAAGGCAGCCCUGUAUUGGGAAGUUUUUAAUGCUUGAUGUUUUAUAUUAUUACUACUACUACUACUACUACUACAUUUUAAACACACCUAGGUUGCUCUCUUAGGGACGUGGGUGGCGCUGUGGGUUAAAGCAAUGAGCCUAGGGCUUGCCGAUCAGAAGGUCAGCGGUUUGAAUACCCAUGACGGGGUGAACUCCCGUUGCUUGGUCCCUGCUCCUGCCAACCUAGCAGUUCGAAAGCACCUCAAAGUGCAAGUAGAUAAAUAGGUAAGGUAAGGUAGGGAAGGUAAACAGCGUUUCCGUGUGCUGCUCUGGUUUGCCAGAAGCGGCUUAGUCAUGCUGGCCACAUGACCCGGAAGCUGUACGCCGGCUCCCUCGGCCAAUAAAGCGAGAUGAGCACUGCAACCCCAGAGUCGGUCACGACUGGACCUAAUGGCCAGGGGCCCCUUUACCUUAGGUUGCUCUCUUAACCAGGUGGGGAUUGAAGCUGGUUUUGGUGGUGGUGGUGGUGGUGGGGAACUCACCCAAAUGCAGGACAGAUACAGGGUGGAUGUGGAUUGUGGCUAACAUCUUGCAUGCUCCACUUCCCAUACCAGUGGCUACAGAGUAAAUGGGAGUGUGUGCACAGCUUUAGAUGGGUAACCUGGUUUCAUUGCUGCAAAGUGUGCAGAAAGAAUCUCAGGAGUUUCUCCUCCCCCUGUACUGAAUAAAUGGUUAGAGGGAUGGAGAAAGUGGGACGUCUGAAGAGGGAAGAUGGGUACCCAUCCUGCUGCUGCAUUUCCAGAUCUUUGAAAUGGAGAACUGCCUGAGCGAGGCACACUGUUGCACGUGGGGCGAUUCUCUACCCUGUCUUUUGUAUUUGACCUGCCUCUUGUUAGAUUGCGGUCAGUUUGUUUACCAGGGCAGCUAUAGAAUUGGCAGGAUUCUUGCUGCUUUUGACAUUUUCAUCACUGUGGCUGACAGAGAUAUUUGGUAAGAAGGAAAGAUGUUAUUUCCUUUAUUUAUGUAAUAGCAUAGUUAUUUUGCUCGUAACCAUCUGGCUUUCUUCAGAGUCAGUUCCCUCCCCCAAGCAACUGUGCCUUUUUAUUUAUUUGGUGCUUGGCUAGUGAGAUAAUUAAUUAGCUUAUUAAUGAAGCCAGUAUUUUGUACAUUGCAAUUUGAAAAUUAUUUGUAAGCCAACAUCUGUUCUUUAUAUGAAGCCAUGUAUUCAGAAACAUAAUAAGUAUGGUGCAAAAAUAAUUUAUUGAUUUCUCCCAUCCUUUUAAACAGACAUUCCUUUUAUGACAGGGGUGUGGGGCCUUUUCCCCAUUGAGGACAUUUUGACUACUGGGAAAACAGAGUUUCAACCAAUGGGAGGGGGGGCUGAUCUAGAUCCAAAAGUAUGUGGAGCCAAAGACAAAUGUAGGUGGGAUUUGCAAUGUUGCAGAAUUGCAUUGCGCUCUCCUUUCUACCUGUUCUCUCUCUCUUCCUCUUUCUCCUCUUCCCUUCCAUCUCUCCAUCGCUUUAGCCUUCCCCAAUUCUCUCUCCCCACUGCCUACACCGACACAGGUAAGAAUUGAUCUCCUGCAGAGGUCUUUCCCCUCCUCCAUCCCUUGUUUAUUCUGUCAUUUUUGUCUCUCAUCCCCCAUCCUGGACUCACUAUACAGCGGCUUCAUUUCCUUAUUUAGCGCUGCUGGGGAGGCCAGUGGCAGAGAUAUUGGAGUUUGUUGACUGUAUACUCAAAGGUGUAACAUAAAAAGCUAUAUUGGCUAGGACUUUUUAAAAAAAAACAUAUUCUUCAGAACAGAAGGUAAUGUGUCUGUUCCACCUCCCAAAAAACCCCCCAAACAGUUUCUAUUCAUUGAAGAUGGAUAAGCGCUGGAACAAUUUUAAAAUAGCUCUCCCUCUCUCUCUUUGUGCAAGGUCCAUAUAGAUUUUAAACAUUUUCCUAAUUAUUUUUAUUUUGUUUUUUUCUUUCCCUCUAGGAAGCUUCAAGAUAGUCAUGUACAGUGGAGGCCAAGAAGAUGCAGGUAACUUUAAAAACAACAAUACUCAAAUUAAAGAUAUCCUUUGCUCUGGCACUAGAACAGGAAAGAUUUCAAAACAAAACGAAGAUAUCCUAUCCUUGGUAGCAUGUAUCAUGGCUCUUCUAUUUAUGUGGAAAACAGGCAGAAACUGUUUAGGUAAAACUUAGACAUAUGCAGCUUUUGGGGGUUAGAUGCCAAUGGCCUGAUCUAGUAAUUGCCUUAGUUGUUUGAUAGUUUUGCAUAUUCUGCAUUCAAAGACUUGCAAAGAAUCUUGCUAGCUGCAGAUCUUCCACAAACAGGCUGGCCCUGGAUGCUGCUGCAUAAGUUGUAAGGACCAAACUAGACUAAUGUAUGGGCUGAAUUCCUGGUAUAUUAAUUUUUUACAUGUUAAAUCAUAUAUUAGGGUCUCUGAAUUGGAACAGAGCGGCUGUGGGCUAACUGCAGUUUGUAGGGGAUUUAGACUGGAAAUAGAAUCCGCAGUGGAAAGGGUCUAGUUUGGUGCCCCCUGCUGCUGCUUUUCAGUAAAAUUUCAAAACAUCAAAAGAUCACUGCAUGGAUCUGUAUGUCACACGUAGGUUGGACCUAGCAUGACCUAAUCUGUGUGGAUAUGAGUAGGGAGCCACAAGAACAAGAUUUGCAUAUGCAUAUCUUGUAAUCACCUUCCCUUAAAAGCCAACGUCUGGCAGGACACAAAGCUUCUCCUUCCUACUUUGUGAGCCGGUAGGUAUACCCUCUAGAAUCAAAGGACUUAAGCUGACUACUUUCAGCAGGUCUAUUCAGAGUAUCUUUUAGUUGGUUGUUAUCUCCCAUAGUCCCUUCCAGCACUAUAUCAUUUUGCUGCUUCUGACAUGAGGUAGUCCUGCUGCCCAUCACAAUUACUGCUAUUGUUCCACAGAUAAUAUAUGCUUACUGGUGUGGUUUCCAAUUCUGUGUCCAGGGCAGCUGUCUACCAGCUCCAUCUGGUAUGCAGGCUGAGACCCUACCUGCCCACGGACUGUCUCGCCAGAGUGGUGCAUGCUCUGGUUAUCUCCCGCUUGGACUACUGAAACACACUCUACCUGGGGCUACCUUUGAAGGUAAUCCAGAAUGUGGCAGCUAGACUGGUGACUGGGAGCGGCCACCGAGACCACAUAACACUGGUCUUGAAAGACCUACAUUGGCUCCCAGUACGUUUCCGAGCACAAUUCAAAGUGUUGGUGCUGACCUUUAAAGCCCUAAACGGCCUUGGCCCAGUAUACCUGAAGGAGCAUCUCCACCCCCAUCGUUCAACCCAGACACUGAGGUCCAGCGCCGAGGGCCUUCUGGCAGUUCCCUCACUGCGAGAAGCCAAGUUACAGGGACCCAGGCACAGGGCCUUCUCGUUAGUGGCACCUGCCUUGUGGAAUGCCCUCCCAUCAGAUGUCAAAGAAAUCAACAACUACCUGACAUUUGGAAGACAUCUGAAGGCAGCCCUGUUUAGGGACGUUUUUAAUGUUUUAAUGUAUUUUUAAUCUUUUGUUGGAAGCCACCCAGCGUGGCUGGGGAAACCCAGCCAGAUGGGCGGGGUAUAAAUAAUAAAUUGUUGUUGUUGUUGUUGUUGUUACAAUCUAUGUCAUUUCAUUUUUAAAACAAAAACCCAAACAAACAUAUUUUUGUGUGCAACUUCACAAACUUCCAUUCGAGCCAUUGCUUGUUUGUUUUUAGGAUUUUCUCCAUAUAUUGUCUGCACAGAUAGGUUGAGUGGAAGCACUGUUUCUUAAUAGACAUAUUUGGUGGUAUCAGGCCAGAGCUAGACAUUGUGGAAGCUGCAUUGUUAUUGCUGUAAACAGUGGUCCUUGGUCUCUCCUUCCUCUGUAGCAUCUAGCGGUAUGAUGUUGUGAGCUUUUUGGCACCUCCAAGCAGCUGUUAUCAAGUGGAAGCAAGGUUCAGGAAAAUCAGAGCUCAGUAACGCUGUAUCACACACUUUCCAUUUUAUUUUCAUUUUAAAGAAAAUCCUUAUUACAUUUAUAUCCCACCUUUUUUCCAAAGAGUUCAAGGUUGUGUUCAUGGUCCCCCCCCCCUCCAUAUUAUCCUCACAAUAUCCCUGUGAGGUAGGUUAGGCUGAGAGUUGGUGACUGGCCCAAGGACACCCAUGAGACUUCAUGGCUGAGUGGGGAGUUGAACCCUGAUCCCUCAGGUCCUAGUCCAGCACUCUAACCACUGCACACCACAUUGGUUUGUUGAAUAACAUGAGGAAAAAAGGAGGAAGAGAUGGGAGAUGGCUGCUUUCAGCAACAACCAAGUGACUCAGAGAACAUCUAGUUCCAGCCUCAUUCACUCAAUUGAAUGUUUCUUAAGUAUUUUGUUGCAUUAAUCUCUCUCUUUUAACUUUCUCUCUUACAGACUACUGCAUCUUUUUGGGAGGAAUGUCUAG